GCCAAGCCACCAGACCCACGCAACCUGUCACCUCAUUGGGUUUUAUCAACUUAUUCGUCUCAAACCCCCCUACCUCCAAGGACUCUCCAGGGCGCGCGGCACAGGAUGAUCUAACAUUGGCAUUCAUUAGCAGCGAGACGCAUGAGUUUUGGUGUUGCCAGGUUGCGUCGGGAAUCUUGGUUCUUGCACUUCUUACAACAUUGUAAGCAGAUUCAUCAGAUUCAUCACACCUACUAGUCGGUACUGUACUACCUAGGGCAUGUUGUAUGGGCUGUACAAUACAAUACAAUACAAUACAACUUUGGUGGUAAAUGAAAAAGAACGAAUCACCCAAGACCCGUAUCCCUUUGGCGCACUAUUUUAGCUAUUGUACACCUUUGCACUCUUUUCGCGCCUUUCCUUCACCCCUUCUCGACCUCCCCCCAUAUAACCUCACGCCCCUUAGUUCUGGUCCCAUCUGAUGCCGAAAUACGUAAAAGCCUAUAAGGCUACACGAUAAAGCUUUGGUUCAAAUAUGCCCGAGGACGACCGUCACAUCCCAGCUUUAAACUCCAUUUCCCCUCUACUUGCUCAUCCUUACAGCAAAAUGCCCGACCAUCGUUCCCCGAGUCUACCGGUACGCAAAUCCAAGUUCAGCGCCCUCGUCAUCGGUUCCUAUGUUUUCGACUGGAUAAUACUUGUCGUUGUCGGCGUCGUUGGUGUCAUAUUAGGCAAUGUCACACCCAAUAAAAGACCCUUUAGUUUACAAGACCCCAAUAUAUCUUUUCCAGUUACCGUUCACGAAACCGUAAACUCGGCUCUAUUAUUGAUUUGCAAUGCUGUCAUUCCGAUCGCAGUUAUCUUAAUCGUCGUUUUAAUCUUCGUCCCCGGACCAACUGUACCGAAGGGCACCCCCAAGUCUCUAAUCUGGAAGCGGAAGCUAUGGGAGUUACAUACGGGGUGGCUGGGUUUGGCCUUAUCUCUGAUCUCGGCUUGGAUCAUCACCCAGGGCAUGAAGAAUCUUUUUGGAAAACCGCGGCCGGAUCUCUUAGAUAGAUGUCAGCCCGACAUCCUCAAUGUGGCCGACUAUAUCGUCGGCUUCCAUACCCCAGCCGAUGACGGUUCCUUGAAUGGCAUAUAUAAUGGUCAAUUAGUUAGUGCGAAUAUCUGCAAAAAUCCAGACCGACACUUUCUCGACGAUGGGUUUCGCAGUUACCCUUCGGGACAUGCAAGUUCUGCCGCCGCAGGAUUGAUUUACCUCUCAUUCUUCUUGGCUAGCAAGUUUGCCAUCACGAUCCCGUUCGUACCACAUGACGCGGCAUCAAGCGACACGGGCGCAGUUACUGCCUUCCCGUCACGGCUGCGAAACCGUACUACCGACACAUCCUACGAAGCAGUGCGACGCGAGCACACAGAUGGGUCAGGGUCUUUCUCUGACCCAGCGACUGUCAGACAGAUUGGGCUACAUAACUCGGCCAUCAUUUCCAUCCGCAGACAAGCGGCCGCGCCGCCUCUUUACCUCCUCGUCAUAACCGUUCUCCCAUUUUUCACUGCCAUAUUUGUCGCCAGUUCGCGUUGGUUUGACUUUAGACAUCACGGAUUCGAUAUUCUUUUUGGGUUCAUAAUAGGCACCAUUACAGCGUGGUUCGCUUUCCGGUAUUAUCAUAUGCCGAUCCGAUCUGGCGCUGGAUGGGCUUGGGGUCCUCGCAGCCACGACAAGUCGUUCUGGGCUGGUCUAGGGUCUUGGAGUUAUGCGUCGGACAAUAAACAUUGGGUUAGGCCCGGCGAUGAAGCAGAAGGACACGCUGGACAACGCAUAGACGAUAUCGAGUUGGGCAUGCGACUGAGGAAGGGGGAAGAUCCAUCACGCGGGGAAAGUUCAGGAACCGCCGGCGUUUUGGACGAACGAAUUUGAGAGAAAAUCACCUUGAAUUUAGAGGGAUAGCGUCGUGUUUUCUGGUACGAUUUUGACUGGAGUAUAUGGGAUGGCAACCUUGCAUAUGUGAAGAAUCCAUCCUAGGGCUGCGCAUAGACGGGGUUUGGGGAAGGCAGACUGCGGCCACUCACUCACGAAGUCAACUUCAACAGAUUUACUACAUUGCUAUGCAUAAAUCAAGAUACGCGAUAUCAAUGAUGAUGAAUUUGCUCGCCAUUCAAGCAGUACUUCUUCUCCUAUAUACACGGAUGUAGGCAGGAUGGACAAAACACAUAAAGCAAUGCGGCUGUUAGAGCUAAGAUGUGAUAAUGAUAAUGGAAUGGAGAUGACUGUUCUUGAGUCCCAGGCAUCUUGAUCAGAUAUACUUUAGUUAGCAGAGCGUUUAAAAAGAGGUGUAGGUGUUGUAUAGUCUAUCCGAGACCAUGUUUAUUUACCGCGAAACAGUCGUUCAGGUUAGGCGUCUUUCCAGAACCUGACGGAAGGAGAGAAACACUUAAUGGAAUUGGAUUGAUGAG